AUGGGAGGGAUGGGAGUAGGAAUGGGUGGAGUUGGAGGAAUAGGGUCCAGAGCUGGCGAGCCCUACCGCCUGGCCACUCACGACACUCCCACUUCCCCCCGACAUAUGCAGUCAAGCCAGUCAGCCGGCAUGGGGCAUGGUCAAGGGACUGGCCACGGGAUGGGUCACAGUCCAGCUGGGUCCGGCAUGGGAGGCCAUGGAGGUCAAGGUACUGGUCAACACGCCUCCCGUCGAAACCUCCAAGUCGACUUCAGCGGGUCGGGCGGCUCCAGGACAGGCCGGUCUCCCUCUGUGUCUCCUGACCGUGGCGUGACGCCCACCUCACCCUACUCGGUGCCGCAGAUAGCACCAAUGCCGAGCAGCAAACUGUGCCCAGUGUGCACCACCACAGAGCUGUCCAACCCACCGGCUGUACCCAACUACAACACCUGCACCCAGUGUAAGGCCACCGUCUGUAACCAGUGUGGCUUCAACCCAAACCCGCACCUCACUGAGGUUCAGGAGUGGCUGUGUCUGAAUUGUCAGAUGCAGAGAGCCCUUGGCAUUGAUAUGACCACGCCUCGCUCCAAGAGCCAACAGCAGAUUCACUCUCCGUCCCACCAAGCCAAACCCAUUGUCCAGCCUCAGCAGCCCACACCUCAGCCAACACAGCCGGCAGCAGCAGCACAGCCCAAACCUUUGGCACAAAGUCAGCCCACCCCACAGCAGCGGCAGCAGCAGCAGCCACAGUCUCAGCCUUACGGCCAAACUCAACCCUACUCCCAGUCCCAGCCAUACUCCCAGACACAGCAGUAUCCCCACUCUCAGCCCCAGCAGUACCCUGCAUCCAAGCCAGGGCCCCAGUCUCAGCCUCAGUCCUCCCCAGGCUUACAGAGACAUCCAGGCCCUGGCGGGCCCCAGACUCAGACAGGGUCCUUCCAGCAGGGCAUGAGAUCUGACCCAUACUCCCAGGGAGGUCCUGGAGCUCCUGGAGCUGUUGGAGGUCCUGCAGGAGGUCCAAAUCAACCUGGGGGUCCACGAAUUCCACACCCAGGCGCUGUGCCCCUUCCUGGCUUGACCAAGGCUCCGUCCCAGCCUGAUUUGGGUCGAGGUUCUCCGAUGCACCAGUCUAUGGCACGCCACCAUGACCAGACAAGAAGUGCUGGCUCCUCCCCAGCCCACAAACCUCAGGGUCAGGCCCCUCCUCCUGCCCAGGAUGGCCUGACCAAACUGUUUGGCUUUGGAGCAUCACUACUCAAUCAGGCGAGUACUCUGAUCAAUGUUGACCCUCUACCCACGGCCUCCACCCAACCAAGCCCUGCAAGAGGCAAGGUGGUGUUCAGUAAUGCAACUCCUGACAACAGGCAGCAACAACAAGGGGCUCCUGGCACCAAACCAUUUGGUAUGGGAGGCCCAACUCAAAUGGGUGGUCCUCAUGCACCGAGCCAAAUGGGUGGUCCUCAUGCACUGAGCCAAAUGGGUGGUCCUCAUGCGCCGAGCCAAAUGGGUGGUCCUCAUGCGCCGAGCCAAAUGGGGGGUCCUCAAGCGCAGGGCCAAAUGGGAGGCCCUUAUUCACAAAGCCAAAUGGGGGGUCCUCAUAUGCCGAGCCAAGCGGGAGGCCCUUAUCCACCGAGCCAAAUGGGGGGUCCUCAUGCACCUAGCCAAAUGGGAGGUCACCAAAUGGGUGGACCAUCACAGAAGCCGCAGACCAUGUCCCAUCAACAAGGAAUGCCGCAACAGCAGUCGCCUGCUCAUCAUCAAAAAGGGCCACAAGGACAACAGCAAUCACCUGCUCAUAUGCAGAAAGCUCAGCAGAAACAGGAGCCUGCAGUGGCCCCUGUGCCUGCUCCAGAGCCUGUGAAGCCUAAAGUGAACUGUCCUCUCUGUAAAACGGAGCUGAACAUUGGCAGCUCCGACCCGCCCAACUACAACACCUGUACACAGUGUCAUAGCCAAGUGUGUAACCUGUGUGGCUUCAACCCCACGCCACAUCUGGUGGAGAAAAAAGAGUGGUUAUGUCUCAACUGCCAGACCCAGCGGCUGAUGUCCGGGGGCGGCCUCGACGAACCUCCACUUCCCGUUCCUCAUUCGUCUCCCAAGCACCAGCCAACGGGCUCGCCCCGUCACCAGGCGCCAACCAGUCAGCAAAGCCCUCUCCACAAACCCACCAGUCAGCAGGGCCCCAAGCCAGGCCAGCCGCAGACACAGAAAGCGCCGGGAACUGGCGGCAGCGUACCAUUUGUACCCACUGCUGCCAAACAACCGACCGACACCAAGACAACGACACCAGUAUCGACCACAGAGACUCAGAAACCUCUGAAACCCUCAGAGGAGAAGCCCAAAAUCGAGCCUGACAACCAAACUGCCAAAGACACCAAACCCUCCCAGAAGAAAGGAGAGCAGAUCACACCGAUUAAGGAAAUCAAGAAGUCCAGGCACUAUGAUGAUACAAAAAACAACAGCACCCAUGACUUGUCACGCAGCCCACAGAGCCUCAGUGACACUGGCUACUCCUCUGACGGCAUCUCCAGCUCCCACAGUGAAAUCACAGGUCUAAUCCAAGAAGAGGAGAUGAAGCUGAGCGAGAGGGGGAUCAGUGGGCGGGGCUCCCCACCAAGCCCGUCUGAAAUCACCAAACUAGAAAGCUCCAUGAGGCCUUUGCUGGAGAAGAGCCUUUCUGAAGAGAAAGUGGACAGAAGGGGGAGGAAGCACAGAGAUAGAGACUUGGAUGACAGAGGGAAACAGCGCCCACGCUCCCUGUCAAUCCCACCGGAUGCAUAUGACUCUGACGAGGAACUAGAAGAUAUAUUGGAGGAAGAAGAAGAUGUAGGAGACUGGGAGAGUAAACGGAAGGAAGUGAAGGAGGAGAAGAAGGAGAAGAAAAAGAAGGAAAAAGAGGCUGAGCCCACAGAGAUGACAGAUGAGGAGUUCAUGAGGAGACAAAUAAUGGAGAUGAGCGCUGAUGAGGAAAAUGAGGAGGAAGAGGAGGAGGAGGAGGAAGAGGAGGAGGAAGAGAUGGAGGAAGAGGAAGAUGAGGAAGAUGAAGGAUAUGGCUACCAGAAACCCAAGAAAAGCCACCAUAAACACGUUAUCUCUGACUCAGGGAAGGAGAAAAGACGUCUUCAGCACCACUCCAGCAGUUUUGAGGAGGAGACUAAGAGCACUACUGAUGUCUAUAAAGGCUCAGUGGAGGAGGGUGAGGAAGAUCUGAUGGCAUCUCAAGGAGGCUUGAGACGCUUCAAAACCAUUGAACUCAAUAACACCAACAGCUACAGCCGGGACAUGGAGCUGAGCAAUGAAAAUGACUUGAGCCUUGAUCGGGAACCAGAGCUAGAGAUGGAGAGCCUGACAGGAUCUCCCGAGGAGCGUUCUCGAGGUGACUACUCCUCCACACUGCCAGCCACUUCAUCCUCAUAUGGCUCAGGCCAGUCUCCUACUUCCAUCUCAUCAAUGGAGGAGGACAGUGACAGUAGCCCUAGCAGGAGGCAAAGGCUGGAAGAGGCCAAGCAGCAGAGGAAAGCACGCCACCGCUCUCAUGGCCCCCUCCUUCCCACCAUUGAAGAUUCCUCCGAAGAGGACGAGCUAAGAGAGGAAGAAGAACUUCUGAGAGAGCAGGAGAAGAUGAGGGAGGUGGAACAACAGAGAAUAAGGAGCACAGCACGAAAGACCAAGAGAGAUAAGGAGGAGCUGAGGGCUCAGAGGCGCAGAGAGAGGUCCAAGACACCACCUAGUAAUCUCUCCCCCAUUGAAGAUGCUUCUCCAACAGAGGAGCUGAGACAAGCUGCAGAAAUGGAAGAGCUCCAUCGAUCUUCUGCUUCUGAAUAUUCCCCUCAGAGUUUGGACUCUGAGGCUGAGGGAUAUGAGUCCAAACUUUACAAGUCAGGCAGCGAAUACAACCUGCCCACAUUUAUGUCUCUCUACUCACCAGUCGAGAAAUCAUCAACUACAACAACCACCACAGCACCAUCCUCAACUUCCAAACCGCUAAAGAGCGCUGAGGAGGUUUAUGAGGAGAUGAUGAGGAAGGCAGAGAUGCUUCAGAAACAACAGAAACAACAGCAGCAACAGCAACAUGGAAGACAUGGGCAAUACUACGAGGAGGACGUUAAUGGACAAGGUUAUGAUGACGAGUAUGAAUAUGAUGAUCAGGCAGGAUACGACAAUGAGGCAGCAGAGACAGAAACAGAUAUUUAUGAGGAGAUUCGACAAACAUCACAGAACAUCACCAAGAUGCAGCAGGCCACUGAUGAGCAAGUAGAGAUUGAGAUUGAGAGCUCCUACCCAGACAAACAGCUCCUAGACACAGGGUCAGCCUUUGCUAAGCUACUUGAGCAAAGCAAUGCUCUACUAACUCCAGGGACCAGCCCCACCCAGAUCUCAGCUCCUGUCUCCUUUGCCGAGACUGGAGGGCGGAUUCCUGAUGUCCGAGUUACGCAGCACUUCUCUGCAAAGGAUGGACACAAAGACAGGAUCAAAAGCCAAGCAGGAAAGAAUGGAAUAACUCCAACAGUGGCUGCCACCACUAUUGCAGCAUAUGGAGUUUAUGCCAGAGAUGCAGUGACUAUUUCUCAGACUAGUUCAAGCCACACUAUGACAACGACUCAGUCCGGUAUGUAUGGCCGGCACACAUCAAGUACUGCCACAUCUUCAGCUACAGUCUCAAGUGUAUGCAGCAAGAUUGCAGAGAUUACCCAGGCCUACAGUCAAAGAGAAGUGAUCACCAGAAGGAUAGGGGAGAGCAGAGGUGUCCAUGUGCGAGACAGCUCAACAUCUUCCACUGAGAGAAUUAUUGAGCCACGUUCUCCCAAGUACACUACUUAUUACAGGAGCACCAGUCCUCCUCUUUCUCCAUCGCCGCCGCCACAGAGUCCCACCCGUUCACCUUCCAGAAGGAAUACAGCUGAGUUCUCUACCCAGACGUUCAGUUCAGCAUUACGAAUGUCAGAUUCAGCUGGCUCUGGGCCUCCGUCUCCAGUGACGGCUCAGGGAACCCAAACAGCACAUCGAUCAGUUUCCCCACGGCUCUAUCGUCAGCAGUCUUCCCAGGAUGCCCCAUACUCCCCACCUCCAAGCCCAGCUAGGCCUAUGACAGUCAACACUGCUACUUCUCCUCUGUCUUCGCCUACCCGAUUUAGCCGCCAAUCAACAUUUGACAAUUACUCCCCAUGUGGCAGCCCUCCAGACACGCCGCCUUACCAACAGUCUCCUACCCGAAGCUUCUACCGAACACAAAGAGUGGAGAAAGUAAAUGUAGGAACAAGUAUGGUCACCACAGCCAGCCUUUACACUAGAGGGUCCAUGUCAAUGGACAAUAUCUCCCUCUGUCGAAUAUCUACAGUCCCAGGAACUUCUAGGGUAGAGCAAGGCCAUAUGAUCCAAGGUGGAAGUGUUGUGGACCUCAGAACAGUCACCAAACCUGCCCCUAUUAUCAUGACUGACCAGGGAAUGGAUCUCACCUCCUUAGCCACCGAAAGCAGGAAAUACCAUGGUGGAUCAGAGGGUAGCAGACAUUCAACGAUUGUACAGCCACUGAUUAUGAACCUGAACACGCAGGAGAUCGCCACACCAACCACUGUGAGUGUCACUGUGGCUGCUUCCAUGUUCAUGACCCAGCCCAAACAGCCAACAGUCUAUGGUGAUCCCCAUCAAAACCGAGUGGAUCUGGGUCAGGGCAUGGGUUCAGCUGUGUGUCUCUCCCAGAACAAACCGAUUUCACCUCCAAUGGAUCCAUCAAUACCAAAAAUUGAUGCCAAACUGGAAGACCUCAGUAUCCAACAGAAGGAGCUACAAAUUCAGCAAGAGAAGCUGCAGAAGCAACAACAGCUCCUUGAACAACAGUUGCAGCAGCACCACCAGAUGCAACAGCAGCAGCAACAGGCAUCUGCUUUGGCCAGGUACAGCCUUACUGGCCAGAUCCCACCUUUACUGAAAAAAGAGUUGCUAGUCAGUCAGACUAGUGCUGCCUCAGCUGUGGUCAGUGCUGUUUCACCAGUCAUUAACCCUGAGCUGUAUGGCACUGGUCCCAUUGAGUUGAAAGGGAAGAUCAGUCCUCCUGGUUUGAUUUCAGGAGGUAAAUCACCACAUAGCAUGGUAGUACAAAUGGACGGAGGGCCAGAGCAGGCCAGGGCAGUGACUCAGCUAGUGAAGGUAGAAGAAGGACAGGAUGCCAUGGAUCUGACAGGGGGCCAAAUUAAACCAGACAACCAACCAGCUUGCUGUGAUGUUGUUUACCGGCUUCCCUUUGGUGGAAGCUGUGUUGGUGGUGAGAAAGAGGGCAUAAGACCUCCAUCUGCCCCACCUCUUACCUAUGAGUCUGACCAAGAAAGACAAACUGGAGGGUACCAUGAAUAUCCAAUGGAUGAACGUAAGGCCUACACAUUACCUUUCCCUGGUAGGCUCCAGCCUUCGAUGUCUGAUACAAACCUAGCUGAAGCUGGGUUACAGUCCUACCGCUCUAAACUAGAUCCACAACUCCAAGCCUCAGGAGAACUUGCCAUGGAUCUAACUGCUAUGAAACAGGGUUAUGGAGGGUAUAUAGGAAUGCAGUAUGGCUCCUAUACAGAUUUACGGCAUGGAGGAGACAUCACAGCCCAAACGCUGCCUAUAAGGAGAUAUAAUUCUCUGUCUAACAUCAGUGCCGACUAUGGCUACUCUGCUCGUGACAUUGCUGGCUUCCAAGAAGCUAACUUGGCUCAGUACAGUGCUACAACUGCCAGGGAGAUCAGCCGGAUGUGUGCAGCACUUAAUUCUAUGGAUCGUUAUGGAAGCAACCCAGAUUUGAUGCAGUUUGGUAGUUUGGGGAGAGGAACUGGAUCUGCAGCCUCCAGACUUGCAGCAGGUCUCGGCAUGAGACAAAACCUCCUCUUUGGACUAGAUGGGAAACCAAUCUCCCACAGUCAAGCACUAACCAACCUUAUCAAUGCCAGGCAGGCCAGCCUCAGAGCCAUGUACCCUGCUGCUAUUAGGUCCUCUGAUGGGAUGAUCUACUCCACCAUUCAGACUCCCAUCGCUUCUACGCUUCCCAUCACAACUCAGCCUGCCUCUGUUCUUCGCCCACUACUGAGGGGGGUCUACCGGCCAUACCCCUCUGCCAACAUGACACCUGUCCCCCUAUCCAGUCUUAGCAGGCUACCAAUGACCCCCAGAAUACCCUUAACUGGACAAGGUCCAGUCCGUUACCCAGCACCAGGUCUUCUCCAGACAACGUCAACCACUGCCACUACUGCUGGUUCUGCAACAACUUCAGCACCAGUAGGUGCCCCAGUGUCUGUCCCCAUGACAACUACUAGUUCUACAGUCCAGGAUGAACCGGUUUACCUCGGUAAAGGUGCUUCCUCAUCAGCAGAGGUCACCUCUGUGCAAGGUACAGUUGUCAUGCCAAUGGAGCAACAGCAGCAACCAAUAAACCUGUCCCAGGCCCAUUUACACAGUCAACAACAACAACAGCAACAAGCGGCAACCAAUCAGCAGCCACAACAGCCACCUCCAGCUGCCCAUGCCUACCCACCCUCUGCUCCUUCACACACUCACGGCUAUACCCAACCUCCAGUUGGCCCCUCUGCCCCCUCUAGUGGUUUACCCAUCGCAGGGGGUCUUCCUCCCUUCCCUCCACCAGGUGCCAUACACAAGGAGGGUGAAACCGAGGCAGAGAGGCUGCAUCGGCAGCAGGAACAGCUUCUGCAGAUGGAAAGGGAGCGCGUGGAGCUGGAGAAACUUCGGCAACUGCGCCUGCAGGAGGAACUGGAACGAGAAAGGAUUGAGCUGAAGCUGCACAGGGAGAAGGAGCAGAUGCUGGUGCAGAGAGAGUUACAUGAGCUGCAGAACAUCAAGGAACAGGUCCUCCAGCAGCAGCAACAGGAACGCGAGAAACAACUUGUUCUCCAGAGGGAGCAGUUGGCCCAGCAGAAGUCCCAGCUAGAUCAGAUCCAGUCUUUGCAGCAGCAGCUCCAGCAACAGCUUGUAGAGCAGAAGAGACAGAAAACAGCUGCAGCUCACAGCGUUCAGCUGGACAUGACUGGACAGCCCGUGCACCCCUACAACGACGCUCAGAUGAGCUCCCGCUCCCUCCCCAACUCCUCGUCAGAGAUGUGUCUGAGGAGCCAGGAGGAGCACACGGUGGAGACCAGGAGCAACAUGAGGAAACACAGCUCCAUGACCAGGCUGAGCAGGGACAGCUUGGACGGAGACGGCGUGGUGUUUUACGGCUCCCCCCGCAGGAUCGUGGACAGCUGUGUGCAGACAGACGAUGAAGAUGGAGAGGAGAGGUACAUGAUGCGUCAUCGCACCAGAAGGCGUGGUCGCAGUGUUGACUGCUCCGUCCAGACGGAUGAUGACGAGGACAAGGCUGAGACGGAGCACCCGGUCCGCCGAAGGCGUUCCCGUUUCUCCCGGCAUGCUGAGUCCAGUACUCCUGGCAGCAGCACUGCUGCCACGUCCACCACAGCCACUGACACUAAGACUGACUCCUCCAAGAUGGUAUCCUCCAGCAUCGCAGUCCAGACCAUCAGGGAAAUGUCAUGCCAGACGGAAGUGGAGCACCUGGGAAGAGUCUCCCCAGCGAUCCAUGUGACAGUACCAGACCCUAAUAAAGUAGAGAUUGUGCACUACAUCUCUGGACCUGAGCGCACCCAGAAAGGACAGUCUCUAGCAUGUCAGACUGACCCAGAAGCCCAGUCACAGGGUGUUGUAGCUCCCCAGCUCAGUGUACCAACCACAGUCAGUCCAUAUUCUUCCUCUACCAGCACCGGAACCCAACAAUCUGGUUCUGUUGACCUCCUGACCCAGCAGCGCCAGCAGCAGCACAUUGCAGCAAAUGCAGCAAAGUUUGAGCGCCGCCGCCCCGACCCACUCGACAUCAAUUACCAGCCUCACAACCACCUCCACAACGAGUCCAUCUCCAGCAUCAUCCGCCAGCAGCAGACACCCAAAUCCCCACAAGUCCUCUACUCCCCUGUCUCCCCGGUGUCCCCUCACCGCCUACUGGAGACAUCUCUGUCCAGCGAGAGGCUGAACAAGGCCCACGUCACACCUCAGCAGAAGUCCUACACAGCAGAGUCCCCCCAGAGACACCCCUCUGUGCCCCGACCCAUCAAGAGCACCCAGAGGUCCAUGUCAGACCCCAAGCCCCUCAGCCCCACCACAGAUGAGCAUACCAAGGCCAGGCUGUCCCUCUACCAACAACAAGCGCUCCAGAGCCAGCUGGCAGCCCUACAGCAGAGCUCACUCCUCCGCAAGGUCAAGCGAACCCUGCCCAGCCCUCCUCCAGACGAGACUACUGCAUCGGCUCACCUGCCCAUGAUGGCACCUGCCCUCCAACAGGUCUACCUGCCCUCCGUGCCCAGCCUCAAGCCCAGCUCUAGGUCUGGCCUGGCUGCCAAAGCCAGCCUCCUCAAAGACCUCACCCACGAACUGAAGGCCGUGGAGCAAGAGUCGACCAAGCUGAGAAAACAGCAAGCUGAACUAGAGGAGGAAGAGAAAGAAAUUGAUGCUAAACUGAGAUACCUAGAGCUGGGGAUCCAUCAGAGGAAAGAGACACUGGUCAAGGAGCGGGAGAGGAGGGAUAUUGCCUACCUGAGGUGUAUGGGGGACACUAGGGACUAUAUGUCUGACAGUGAAUUGAAUAACUUACGUUUAGCAGCUGCAGCUGCAUCACAUGAGACCAAUGGACUACUGUCAACGAGGCCAAGCACUGCCCCUCUCAGCCAGUUCACCAGCGACCUCAACACAGCAGCCCAGUACCCACCCACCUCAUCCUUUCUCUCCUGUCAGUACCCCCAGAGCCAACCGGCUGCACCAACUCCACAAUCAAGUGUGCCGUACCAGUCUUCUACUUUCAACCAGCCUCCCUAUCCAACAGUGUCUCAGUCCCAGGCACUGCCACAACCCACGCCCCUCCAAAGCCAUGUCCCCCCUCCAGGACCUUCUUAUCAGUCUCAAACCUCCUACCCUUCCCACACCUAUCCCCAAACUCAGCCCCCAUACCCCCAGACAGACAUGGGGUUACCAGCUGCACCUCAGCCCCAGCCUGGGCAUACAGGUUUUGGGCCUGCGCCCCCUGGUCAGCCCCCAUACCCCACCCACAGCUCACCCUAUCCCAGCGCUGUGUCCUCCUACCCCAGCCAGACUACCCCGUACCCUGGGCAGCCCCAGGCUGAUAUCCUGACAGUCCACCCAGGAAGACCAAGGCAGACAUCGCUGGCCGAUCUGGAGCACAAGAUGCCCACCAACUAUGAGACGAUCAGCAACCCCACAGUCGUGGUCACCACCACGGCCCAGGACGCUACAUAUUCCAGUGCAGCCCCCUCUUAUGGUCAGUACACUGGAUCGACAACCAUGGCCAGCUCCUAUGGGCCAUAUGGUUCAGCACCAGUGUCCAGCAGCUACGGUGGGUACUCUACCAUGCCACCCAGCACUUAUGGCCAGUAUACUUCAACUUCAGCUAGUUCAUAUGGCCAGUACACCACAACCACCGCUAAUACUUAUGGCUAUACCACCACUACAGCCAGCUCUUACGGACAGUACACUUCUACAGUUUCUAAUGCCUAUGGGCACUCUGUAGACAGCCCCUCCACGUACAGCACUGCAGAUGGGAUGUAUGGGGCUCCUGGCCUAGAGCAGAACAUCCCUAGGAACUACAUGAUGAUUGACGAUGUAAGCGAGCUGACGGCAAAAGACGGGCUGGGCACGAUGACAGGGGACAUGAUGCAUCAUGGGCGUUACGCGGGCGACAUCCACGGCCACGGCAGCACCAUUGGCAGCACGACGCGUGGGGGAACUGGCAGCUCCUCGUACGGCAGGGCACCUGAAGAGGAAGCAGCGAUGCAGGAAGAGCUGUACGACCACCACGGCAGGGCCUACCAUCUGGGCCAAGAAGAAACUGACUGGUUUGAGAAGCCACGCUCCAGUUCUCGACACUACGGCAGCCACUCAUCUGGGAGGAGCAGGCACGGUGUCAAACACACCUACCAUGAUUACGAUGAGCCUCCUGAGGAGGACCUGUGGCCCCAGGAUGAGUACGGCCACGGGCGGCACUCUUCAUCCCGUGACCACCGUCACCAUGGCAGCUCUAGCCGACACUCAUCCGCGUCACGUCAUUCAGAUGAGCAGAGGUCCUCAAGGUCAUCUAAGGGACACCCAAAAGACCCAUCGAUGCGCCACGACCCUUCAGGUCGAUCCUCAUCUUCAGGAAGGCGUGGUGAUUCAAGGUCUGGUGGGUACCACUCAUCGGACUACUCCAGAGAUCCAUCUGGGCACCACCACGGACAGCGCUCCUCCAGACAGGGGGACCCUCACCGAUCCUCACGCAGCAAGUCCCAGCAGCAAGUGGACAUGCAGGGUCAACCACCAGGCUCCUCCAGGUCUGGCAGCAGCUCUGCCCGGGCUCAGGGCCCCACUGGCGGGCCUGCGGGACCAGGGCGGCAGGGUGGUCCAGGCUCCCAGACAGACGGAACUCAAGGACAGAGAACCCAGCUCCAACAACAAGCUCAGACAUCAGCGGCCAGACCAGGGCAGCCCGGUGCCGCAGCGACUACCGGCCCUCAGCAGCAGCCCCCAGCCCAGGGACAGGGCAUGGGGAUGGGCAUGGGCAUGGGGCAGGGCAUGGGGCAGGGCCAGGCCAAGCCAGGGCAGAUGGGACCAGCGGGUGGACCCAUGGGACAAGCCAGGCAGACAGGUCCUGCAGGAACCACGCCAGCCACCAUGACCAAGAUCGACACGCCUCCAGUAACAGCCAUCGGAGCAAAGGCAGCACCCGUCAUGGCCACAAAAGCCGCCCAGCCCCCACUCACAGGCAUAGGCUCCAAGGCAGCUCCUAGGCCAGGAGGUAUUGGCAGUGCGGCAGCAGGUCAGCCUGGCAUGGAGGGAGACAGCAUGUUGUCAAAGAUCCUCCCUGGAAAUGCCGCAGAGCAGGCUGGCAAACUGGGAGAAGCUAUCACCGGUUUUGGCAAGAAAUUCACCUCUUUCUUCUGAGGUGCUCAGAUUAAGGACUAUGUAAAUGUCAAAUGACGAAGUCACGAGGCCCCGUACCAGAAAAACCUGUGAAGUUCACCCUGCUUUUGUUUUACUGAAAGAGAGAGAGGAAGGAGAGAGGAGAACAGAGACGAGAGCUGAGCAUACUGCCAACAAGGACUGGGAUCCACCGGAUACUUCAUGUCUCAGGCCUGAGCACACACUGUCAGAGAGAACAUGCUGCUUUCUCUGGCAGCCAGACAAUCAUGCCAAGCCAACAUGCAUCUUUACAAGGAUUAUCCUCCAUUCAGCAUCCCCAGCUCCGAUUCCAGUCUCCAGUAAACUACCCAACCUGUAGCAGUUAGACACAUCUCCGCCCCUUCAUUACAAAAGAACAACUGGCAGCCAAUAAUGAAAGCAAAAUACAAAGAAAAAAGUUUUUGGCUUUGCUGCUCUUCUUCCAUGCCAGUAGAGGGAGCUCCACCUACAUCACCAGAGAUCUCCACAGCCGUCAAAGUAGAGACAGUGGAAGCGACCUCAGCCCUCCAUUUGGAUUUAACGCUGCAGCUUCACUGGAAGGAAAUACAAGGGUGCUGCGAUUCUACUCCUUUACGCUGACGACUUCACCAUCUAUAUGAGAGCUGCUUUUUCCUGCUUACAGGAAAUAGUCGCUUCACCACUGGCAUGGUGGCAUGUGGGAUCCUUGGUUUCACAGUCCUGUGCUCAAACUAGGAAUAGCAGAAACAAACCAGCCUCUCUCCUCUUUCUGUCUCUUCUCAAGGUAAAAAUUGAGCAGGGGAAAUGGAAUAAAACUUGCUGAGGUACUGCAGGUUUUUCUGGUACUAAAGACCUCUUGUUACAUCACCUGUCCGGAAGGAAAUUAAUGGAAAUGUCACGUUGAAUGAAUAAGACAAUGCUAACGAUGUAGCCGACACACGGAAGAACCGGUGUGUCGGUUUGCGUUAAUUUCCACGGUUUGUUUCUAUCUACAUUCCAGAUUGGAACUGUUAAAACCUUUUGCUCCCCCUCUUCCUCACCUGUCUGCGUUUCUUGAAUGCUGAUUCUUCUUUAUUUCUAAUCCCCGCCCAACAAUCCUCAACUUGCCGUGUCUUUAAAGAAGUGUAUAGUGGAUUAAAAAAAAUGUAGGAAUUUGGAAUGCAUGGAACUUUAUAUCCAAGACCUUACACUGUUCAUCAUUACUAAACAGAGGCCAUAAAGACACUGGGAAACACAUCUUAGCUAGACGACGUAAACAAUAACAAAGAAGAGAGAUUUCCGGAGCAACACACAGGAGUCGGGCCACGUUAAUAAAAGGAACCUUUGGGGGUUUUUUUUAAGGAAAAAAAUAAUAAUUGGUGUUUGGGAGUGAAGCCGUAUGUGGUUGGGUUGUUUUUCAGCCAUUACAAAGCCAUUAAGACAACAUUUACCUGCAGUGCUUGUGGUGAUGGGGUUUCUCCAACUGCUCCACAACAUUUGGCUCUCAGAUAUUUCUCACGCUGUUGUCGGUGGUUAUCAUUUCUUGUGUUAUCUUCUCUUUUUUUUUUAUUUUUAUUUUUUUCUAAUUUAGUUUUGUUAUUUGCCUGGUUUUUAUGUUGCAGGUUACCAAUAUCGCCUUAAUCAUUCUUAAAUAUUUUAUUUUGAAGUAAAACUGGCAUAUUUUUAUUACGCCCUGUGAACACAUAUUUUCAUCCCACCCUUUUUUUAAGUAGUAAUAUCAGCUGGAACACUGGCCACAGGGAGAUUAAUUUAUAUUUUUUGAACUGACUUUGUUUUUGAUAAUUGUUUGUGAUAUUAUUUUUCUUUUAUUUAUGUUUUGUAAUGUUUUGUUACCUCCAUCAUGCCCCCUGUCUAUAUUCUGACUCUUAUUUAUUAUCAAUACUUAUAAAAGCAAUAGAGUAAGAGGUAGGAAAGUGAAGAGCACAAUCUUGUGUCAUUUUAAAAGUCGGUGGAAUAGAAAUGUGUUGCCUCCGUAUGUCUUACUUACCACUGAUGUACCGCUCAAGUCUGACUUAAACGUACCACCAAAUGUACUCCAAUAUUGUACUACUGCUGUACUAAUAAUACAUCAGUGAGCAGGAGCUCACCUACAAACAAGAGUUUGGUACCACCCAGAUCUUCUUCUCCAACCAACAGUGAGACAUCAUGUCUUCAAUCAGCCAGUCAGUGGAUCGGAGUGAUACGCUGCUUGUAUUAGCCAGCUGGAGUCUGAUCUGAAAGCACUGCAGGGCAGCAGAGAGGCACUGAAAAGCGGACCAGUCACACAUCGCGGCAGAACUGGACUUGACGUCGUCACCUGCGGGGGUUUGGGUUUCAAUGUGAUUCUUCUGACCCUCCAAGAUGGAUGUUUAUCGGGAGCCCCGCCAAGCUCCUUACACAUCAGUGUGUAUCAGCAUGUGUCUUCACUCUGUCAAAUGUGCACAGCACGCGUGAAAGCACACUCGAAAUAUGGUGUCAAAAAGAGAAAAAAAAGAAAAUCAGCACUCAUGUGACUGAGGAAACAAAACUAACACACUUGGUUGUGUCACAAAGUCACUCGCCUUUUUUUAACUUUUCAUUUUCUAUCGUGGUGGUGUCCAGACCUGUAACCCGACCCCCGAAAACCUAUCUCUCAGACUGUCAGUUGUCAUGGAAACUUCUCAGGUCAGUGUUCUCCCUGCUGUUGCUCCUGCAGUGCAUUGUGGGAUCUGCGGUUCGGUACUCAAAAAUGUACUCUGUCGGGCCAAACAUUGCGAGGCCUUCAGCAAAACCAACGAACCAACCAACUUCUGCUGUAUAUUGUCUGUGUGAACGCUCGCUGGGAACCUUCGCAUGCCGCCCGGCGCAGAAAACCUCAAAGUCACCUCUAUAUUGUUCUGUUCCUAAUGUUUGUAUGUAUGUGUGUGGGGGUCUGUAUGCGUGUAUUUAACGACCAUCAUCCAAUGUGGAAAAAGAAAAGAAAACAAGACAAACAUGAGUUCAACCACAACAAAUAUGGUGGGCAGAAGAGGCGACCUCUUAUCUCCAGUCCUUCUAUGCAAUGAAUCAUAUUUGGAAAAACAGAAAUACAAGGAGGGAAAGGGAAGUGAAAAUACACGAAUGGGAAAAGUCACGCAAUCAUUGUUUAUCACACCUGAUUACUUUGCUUUGGCAUCCCUCAUGAAUCAGAAUAAGGAUUCUGUGAAUUUGUUUGUGCAGUAUAUAGGUCACCUGUAAGUUAGAAUAAGAAGGGUCUUUGUUUUACUUGCGUUAACCUGGCACAUGGUUCAGUAUCCCCUCUCCUCCCUGACUUGAUGUCUCUGCCACAGGGUCUCUCUAAAGAUGAGUUCAUGGCAGCUGGGAAAUGUCAUUGACAGCUCAGAGAAUGAGAAAGAAAAUGGCAUUGUUGCUGCCACAGACUCACUGUUUUCAGUUUAAAUGGUUUUCAUGGAGUAGAAUUUAUUUAUUUUCUAUAAAAAUUUAAUUCUACACCCUAAAUGAGAAACUGCUCAUGGCUAAUCAGUGUUUCCCUUUGCAAACAGUUAGUUUACUGCAUUACGAUAAACCUAAAAUGUUCACAAAAGAUGCAACAUAACAAAUGAUGUCCCAUUUACCUUUCUAAACGCCAACAUUAGAGACGUUUCUCCCCGACAAAGCAAGGAAAUAACAGGCGUUUUAAGUGGGCAGGUAGCAGAAGCACUAAAAUAUCCCAGUGUCCUGAAAGCAUCAUAACAGCUGUCGGCCAUCUUGUUUUGCUUCAAGCUGGAGUUAGCUGAGUAUAGGAAAGUUAGAGAGAUUUAUAUAGACAAAAAUAAAAAUUUAAAGAAAUAGAGAGUAUAUAUAUAUGAAAAGAUUUAAGUAUAUUCCCCAAUAUGGCGCGUGUCUGCUCAGGGGUGAUGAAGAAAAGCUCCUCUUUAUUUUACUUUAAUUAUUUAUUUAUUUAUUUUAAUGACCAACGCCCAAAGUUCCCAGUGAUCUGAAUGUGCACUUGUUAUUUUGCAGAGAGAAGUAUUGAAA